GUGGCAGAACGGCGGCAGAGAGAGAGUCGUCGUCGUCGUCGACGGUGCCCGUCGGUUUCGGCGCGAGUCAUCGCGAGAAGGGACGUUUACCUAUCGCACGUCGUCCGAGGUGUCGAAGUAUACGUACACGGUUUCGACGGACCGCGUGAGCGACAACAGAAGCGGCGUUCUCUCACCCUCUUUUCUCUCUCUAUCUCUCUCUCUCUGUCUCUCCUUCGCUGGUCCUUUCUCCCGUUCCCGUUUUCCUUCGAUUUUCCGCCUCCACUUUGGAUUUUCCUCAGCUUCGCGAACGCGACCCGUGGAUUGUCGAUCGUCGCGUCCCGCUCGUCGUCGAGCUGCUGCAGGCGCAGGGGUCGAACGGGUGUGCGCGCUCGCAUCCUCCUCGAUUGACGAGUGAAGAUCGAGGAACCGCGAGCGAGGAGGAAUAGCGCGAAGAGGAAGGGUGUUCGAGCAGUGCGGAGGUUGCUCCUCGGCGUUCUCUCGGAGGCGAUCGACCACUUGAACGCGCACGAUGGCGGACGAUCAAGACGCAAACAACACGUGCGAGGAUUCCCUCGGUCCCGGCGACGCGAACACUAUGUUCGCCAAGAAGAUCCGGGGCCGGAAGGGAGCCCUCAAGAAAAAGAAUGUCUACGUCGUUAAGAAUCACAGCUUCAUGCCCCGGUUCUUCAAGCAACCCACUUUCUGCAGCCACUGCAAGGAUUUCAUAUGGGGCUUCGGAAAGCAAGGAUAUCAAUGCCAAGUGUGCAGUUUCGUGGUGCACAAACGAUGUCACGAAUACGUGACCUUCACGUGCCCCGGCGCCGACAAAGGAGCUGAUUCGGACGACACGCGGACGAAGCACCAAUUCAAGCAACACACCUACAACAGCCCCACCUUCUGUGACCACUGCGGUAGUCUUCUCUAUGGUGUCAUCCACCAGGGCAUGAAGUGCCAAGCAUGUGACAUGAACGUACACAAGAGAUGCGAGGAGAGCGUGCCGAACCUUUGCGGAUGCGACCACACGGAGAGACGUGGUCGUAUAAACUUGCACAUCACGUGUACCGGAAACAAGCUCACCGUCGAAGUGAAACAGGGCCGGAACUUGAUACCAAUGGAUCCGAACGGUCUGUCGGAUCCUUACGUCAAGUUGAAGUUGAUCCCGGAUUCGGACAACGUGAAGAAGAAAACGAAGACAAUCAAAUCGUCGUUGAACCCAGAAUGGAACGAGACAAUCAUUUUCGAUUUAAAACCCGAGGACAAGGACAGGCGACUCCUGAUCGAGAUAUGGGAUUGGGAUCGGACAUCGAGGAACGACUUCAUGGGUUCCUUGUCAUUCGGGAUAUCGGAGCUCAUCAAAGCGCCGGCCAGCGGAUGGUUCAAACUGCUCACGCAAGAAGAGGGAGAUUUCUACAAUGUACCUGUACCGGAGGAAGGCGUGGAUCUCGCCGAAUUAAAGAGCAAAAUGCGAAAAACAUCGGUCACGAAGAAGUCGACGACCGCCCAGGACAAGGAGGUGCCUCACAAUAUGGGCAAGAGCGACCUGAUACGAGCCAGCGACUUCAAUUUCCUGAUGGUGCUCGGCAAGGGCAGCUUCGGGAAAGUGAUGCUGGCGGAGAGGAAAGGAACCGACGAACUGUACGCCAUCAAGAUCCUGAAAAAGGACAUCAUCAUCCAAGACGACGACGUCGAGUGCACCAUGGUAGAAAAACGCGUGCUGGCGCUGUCGAACAAACCGCCGUUCUUGGUGCAGCUCCAUUCCUGCUUCCAAACUAUGGAUCGACUCUACUUCGUGAUGGAAUACGUAAAUGGCGGGGAUCUGAUGUAUCAGAUACAGCAGUGCGGCAAGUUCAAAGAACCGGUCGCGGUAUUCUACUCAUCCGAAAUAGCGAUCGGACUGUUCUACCUUCACGCUCGCGGCAUCAUCUAUCGGGACUUGAAGCUGGACAAUGUACUGUUGGAUCACGAUGGCCACAUAAAGAUCGCGGACUUUGGAAUGUGCAAGGAGGGCAUCUCGGGGGACAAAACGACGAAGACGUUUUGUGGAACACCAGAUUACAUCGCGCCGGAAAUCAUACUGUACCAACCGUACGGAAAAUCGGUCGAUUGGUGGGCGUUCGGUGUGCUGCUUUACGAAAUGCUGGUCGGUCAGCCGCCGUUCGACGGAGAGGACGAAGAAGAGUUGUUCGCAGCGAUCACGGAACACAACGUCAGCUAUCCGAAGAGCUUGUCGAAAGAAGCCAGGGAAAUUUGCAAAGCGUUCCUCACCAAGAAUCCGGUGAAGCGACUCGGCUGCGGAUUGAGAGGCGAGGAGGAUGUUCGCAUUCACGCGUUCUUCCGACGCAUCGACUGGGAGAAGAUCGAGAACCGGGAAGUACAACCACCGUUCAAACCAAAGAUCAAACAUCGCAAGGACGUGAGCAACUUCGACAAACAGUUCACAUCGGAGAAGACGGACCUUACGCCCACGGACAAGCUGUUCAUGAUGAACUUGGAUCAGACAGAGUUUAUGGGUUUCUCGUUUCUCAAUCCAGAAUUCGUGCAACACAUUUAAAUCGAUCAGAGAGUGUCACAGGCUAGUCUCAAUCUCGUCAUACGCUCUACGAUUUCCUCCACCAUUUUUCCUCCGACGUUCGUCACCUUUCGAUCUCUUCGCUACUCAGGGCUUUCACCGUCUUUUGAUCAUCCUCUUUCUCUUCCGUCCCUCUCUAGCCUGACCUAAACGCUUCCCCCAAAACCCCCCGCCCCACCCCCUUUCUACCCUGUUCAUUCUCUUCCUUUCCCCACUUCUCGAUCGCGAGAAGCGUUUUACCCGCUAUACAUAUACAUACGUGUAGGUAAUAUUUUUAACGCGACCAAUGUAUCGCGUGGAUAUCGCGCGGAUUGAUUCGUCGAAUGAAUCGUGAGGAGAGAAGAGGUAAGAAGAAAGGAUGAAAAUAAACUAUGAUCGAUCGCCGAGGAGACGUUACGCUUCUGAUCUGCGAUGCGAUCGAUAAUGAACAAGGUAUUUCCUAAUUGCUAUCCUCGUUCUUCGCGUAUUAUCUUCGGUACCGUUGCCUUCCAGAGUAUACAUUAUACACUACGUACACGUACACCUACGUCUGAACCUAUUUAUACACGAACGAUACAUAUUGAACAAAACGAAUUAUAUAUUAUUAUCAUCGUUAUUAUUAGACACGUACGAGUCGGCGCGAAUUAUUACACGUUGUUCGCGUUUCAAUUUCCAAUUUCCUUAAAGUUCCUUCGUACGCCUCUGCGGCAUUCACGCGGGCGUAGCCGAAUCAGUGUCCGCGUAAAUGUCGCGGAAAACUGAAACCCGUACGAAAAGUGCAUCGUUGGAAAAUAUGGGAAUAAGCAUCGGUAGGUAAUACCGUUCGUAGAAACCGUAUCACACAUCUUGCCGGAGCAGUCGACUCUUUCCAUGCACUCCGCGGUGCGAUUCUCGUCUCUGUACACACUUACCUUGUACGGGUGCACGUGUCCGUAUCACAUACAAUCUAUCUAGUGUCUAUCCUACGCGUUACGUACGUACGAACUCGUGUACGGGAGCAAAAUUAUGCGAUACAAUCAUAUUCGUUUCCUGCUGUUCCUUGCUCGGUUAUCGAGGCACGAAUCAAACACGUUUUCCUCGAUCGUUUCGCGGAAUCGUUACAAGGAACGGUGCUCGACGAACUCUGCUAGCAUACUACGUUGAUAAAAUACGAUUAACGAUUAAAAAGAAGAUACUUUAUAAAAGUUUUAUUCAAAUGAAUUAGCGAUCUGUAUCGUAGAAUCGUGUACCUUAAAAGCAUCCGCGAGUCACAGAAAGACCAGAGGAGGGGUACACAGAUGUUUGCUCGUACGAAUCCUUGUUUCCAUUUAGUUAUUAGUCGAUCGUCUUGGGGCAAAUCGACGGAGCAAAAUACACGUAUACACACAGACACUAUACAGACUCAGACACGCACUUGUCUCUUCUGCUUCCUUUAAAAAAAAAAAAGAUUCGUUUGUCGAAAUGGCAAUACGGAAGCGGAGCUCUUUUCGUGCCUGAAAUUCUCGCUCCGGUGAUAUUCGCCUUUUUUAUCGAGUUCGUUUUGGCUCGCAUUAUCGAGGACGAAAACGAGAUCCGAAAAAAGACACCGAGGCACCGAAGAAAAACAGGGAAGGAGGAGAAGUCGACGUAACGAAUCGGAGGCUGUGGGACGUUUUCCUCCUCGAUAUUUUUCUUUCAGUCGGCUGAUACGCCGACACCCGAUAGUAGGAUAAUAAUUAUUACUCGUCGAUUAACUGCGCGUAAUUGUCGUAGAUAAAUAUAUAUAUAUAUAUAUAUACCAUAUAUACAUAUAUUAUACAUAUACAUACACAUAUAUAUAUAUAUACAGUUAAUUGACUCGUUGACUUUGACGGGUAUCUUUUUUUUUCUUAUACAUUUAAGAUUCGCGAGUCGUCGAGUGACGAAAGGAAUAGUCCAACGAUGAGACGAGACACGAUUUUCUCGAGUGGGAUUCUAUAUAGGUAGAUGCACGUUGGGUAAACACACGACUGCGGUCACUCGUCGAAAAGAUUUUACCGGAACGAAGUUUAUUCACAGGGACUCGUACCUUUUCACCGGUGAUCAUCCUACGUAGCUUUAUUUCAUCGUUGCUAAGUAAAUUAAAUUAUGCGUACACGAUACACGUCGGCGAAUCUCUAUAAAGAACGGUGAUAGCUUAAGGAUAGACAGAUAGGAAGAAAACAGACGCGAUAAGUAUCUAUACUGGGAAUCGAUUAGCGGAUGAGAAUGGGAGAAUGGGACGGAGAGAGAUGGAGAGAGAAUAGCAUUAUCGUUACAAUCGUUAUUCUUAAGCGUUGUACAUUAAACCUUGAAACUCUUAUGUUUUGUUGAUUCGUCCAUCGUCCCGUUGUUGGCCCGGUAACGGAAAGAUACGAGUUCUCGGAACAAAACCGAGACAUUUAUUAAUUACGUACGUCUUAUUAAGCGUGUUCCAAUAAAUAAGUAAUAUCGUGACGUAGUUCUCGCCCCCUUAUUCAACGGGUGAUAUCUGAUCUUGUUCUUCGAUCGGACGAAUUUACGUAGUCUCGCCGGUGGUCUCGUUCUAAUUUAUCUGACGAACAGCUGAUUUUCAUUGAAUCACGAGAACAAUAAUAAAUUCGAUGCGAGUUCGGUGACAAGUGUUUCGAAUUCGUUUUACCCUGUGAUCGAUCUUUGAAUCCUCACGUAUUCAGGACGUGGUACCACGGAUCGACCGGCUGCUAACGCGAGAUUACGUAACCCACGUUCGAAAUCUAUUUUUAUACUUAAACAAAAAAAAGUUGAGGAGAGAUGAAAAAAAAACUGAAUGAGGAAUUCGUCGUGAGAAGGAAAUUCUUUUUUCCUCCCUGCUCGACGUCGAGCAAGCGGCGUGACUGUCUCUCGUCACCGCGUGACGUCUUUCUGGUAGCGCCCUUUUUAGUCUCUUCGCGGCAUUCGUAACGUAAAAAGAAUCUUAUUGUCAGGGAUAGUCGUCGAACGAUUUCGAGGAAAAUUGUAGUUAUCGAUUAGAUUCGAGAACGCGAAGACGAAUGUAUAUAAGUGCGGCAUGCGGACACGGGACCCGAUUCGUCUCGAUUGAACGAUGCGAUUUAUCCGAUUUAAUUGGACCUACAGUGUCGUUCGAUCGAGACGACUCGCGUGUAUUCGUUUCAGCGGAAUGAGGAAAAGUUUCAGUGAAUGUCGUUGAUUUUUUCACGAUUUUUGUCAAUCUACUAUUUAAAAAAAGAAUUAAUCUACUUCCUUUACAUGACCUCUGCAAACUCUAUCAAUUUCUUUGCUUUUAAUCGAUCGAUGGACUUUCCUUUUCUUUCCCUCUUUGACAUCCUUCACGCUCUGAUCACGUUUCUUAUUAGACAUUUUAAAGGUAAGGGGUAGAGAACGGUAUCAUUUAUGCAGUUUUCGAUAAGAAGUCGGAUAGACACAUUCGUUGACCGCGGUUCAAAAAAAUUUCCUCAUUUGUCGUUCGCGCCAUUUGGUUUUCUCUCUUAAACACAAAACACGAUGGAAACGUGAAAAAGAAACGUUCGGUCGAGAGUAAAGCGGCAAACGAGUUUGUCUGUUCGAACACGAUUAAAAUAAAAAAAAAUCAGUUGACACUUAUAAUAAAUAAAGAAGAGAAAAUUACGAAGGAUAUAUUCGAAACAUAGCGUAGCUCCGUUCACUCUCGAAACUGUAAUUAAGUCUGUUGUUCUCUCGAUUACACAUGUCGCAUGACACACUAUACACACGUUCGCUCGUACACACAUAUUUUUAAAAUGUUUUUGUGCAUUUAUAAUGUCGUAAUAAAAGUUUCGAAUCGUGUCACGA